AUGUCUACUCAAAAGAAAGUUCAAUAUCCAUUUUGGUACGGAGGAGCCAGUUCCAUGGCUGCAUGUUUGGUCACUCAUCCUUUAGACUUGGCUAAAGUCAGAUUACAAACAGCUUCCAAAAGAGGUCAAUCGUUGGGAUCAAUGGUAUAUCAAAUUAUCACUAAAGAAGGUUUCUUCAAAAUUUACUCAGGUUUGACUGCAUCAUUAUUGAGACAAGGAACGUAUUCAACCGUAAGAUUCGGAGUGUAUGAAUUCAUGAAGGAUAGUUACGUGGAGAAAUACCAGACCGCUCCCUCAACAAUGGCCUUAUUACCUAUGUCAAUGAUUGCUGGUGGUUUAGGUGGAUUAGUGGGUAAUCCUUCAGAUGUGGUUAAUAUUAGAAUGCAAAAUGAUUCUACCUUGCCUAUGGAUCAGAGAAGAAACUAUAGGAACGCUUUCGACGGUAUCAUCAGAAUCGUCAGAGAAGAAAAUGUGUCUUCUUUGUUCAGAGGAUUAGGACCUAAUUUGAUCAGGGGUGUAUUGAUGACCGCUUCACAAGUCGUCACUUACGAUAUUGCCAAAAACUUCUUAGUUGGAACUUUUGGUCUUGAUGCAUCAAAGAAAUCGACUCAUUUUUCAUCGUCUUUAUUAGCUGGUUUGGUUGCCACAACCGUCUGUUCACCCGCUGACGUUGUCAAAACCAGAAUCAUGAACGCAGCCGGGGGACAAAGUCCAGUCGAAGUCUUGACUACGGCACUUAAAACUGAAGGUCCUGCUUUCAUGUUCAGGGGUUGGUUACCAUCGUUCAUAAGAUUGGGUCCACACACUAUCGUUACAUUCUUGGUUUUAGAACAAUUAAGAAAAUUCAAAAUUGGUAUGUAA